AUGGAAAGCGGGAGAAUGGUGCGGGGUGAUGGAAAGCGGGAGAAGGGGAUGGAAUCUGGGAGAAGGGGAUGGAAUGAGGGAGAAGGGGAUGGAAUCUGGGAGAAGGGGAUAGAAUCUGGGAGAAGGGGGUGGAAUCUGGAAGAAGGGGAUGUAAUCUGGGAGAAGGGGAUGGAAUCUGGGAGAAGGGGAUGGAAUCUGGGAGAAGGGGAUGGAAUCUGCGAGAAGGGGAUAGAAUAUGGGAGAAGGGGAUGGGAUCUGGGAGAAGGGGAUGGAAUCUGGGAGAAGGGUAUGGAAUUUGGGAGAAGGGGAUGGAAUCUGGGAGAAGGGGAUGGAAUGAGGGAGAAGGGGAUGGAAUCUGGGAGAAGGGGAUGGAAUCUGGGAGAAGGGGGGUGGAAUCUAGGAGAAGAGGAUGAAAUCUGGGAGAAGGGGAUGGAAUCUGGGAGAAGGGGAUGGAAUCUGGGAGAAGGGGAUGGAAUCUGGGAGAAGGGGAUGGAAUCAGUAAGAAUGGGGUGGAAUCUGGAAGAAGGGGAUAGAAUCUGGGAGAAGGGGAUGGAAUCUGGGAGAAGGGGAUGGAAUCUGGGAGAAGGGGGUGGAAUCUGGGAGAAGGGGAUGGAAUCUGGGAGAAGGGGAUGGAAUCUGGGAGAAGGGGAUGGAAUCUGGGAAAAGGGGAUGGAAUUUGGGAGAAGGGGAUGGAAUCUGGGAGAAGGGGAUGGAAUCUGGGAGAAGGGGAUGGAGUCUGGGAGAAGGGAUGGAAUCUGGGAGAAGGGUAUGGAAUCUGGGAGAAGGGGAUGGAAUCUGGGAGAAGGGGAUGGAAUUUGCGAGAAGGGGAUGGAAUAUGGGAGAAGGGGAUGGGAUCCGGGAGAAGAGGAUGGAAUCAGGGAGAAGGGUAUGGAAUCUGGGAGAAGGGGAUGGAAUAUGGGAGAAGGGGAUGGAAUCAGGGAGAAGGGGAUGGAAUCUGGGAGAAGGGGAUGGAAUCUGGGAGAAGGGGAUGGAAUAUGGGAGAAGGGGAUGGAAUCUGGGAGAAGGGGAUGGAAUCUGGGAGAAGGGGAUGGAAUCUGGGAGAAGGGGAUGGGAUCUGGGAGAAGGGGAUGGAAUCUGCGAGAAGGGGAUAGAAUAUGGGAGAAGGGGAUGGGAUCUGGGAGAAGGGGAUGGAAUCUGGGAGAAGGGUAUGGAAUUUGGGAGAAGGGGAUGGAAUCUGGGAGAAGGGGAUGGAAUGAGGGAGAAGGGGAUGGAAUCUGGGAGAAGGGGAUGGAAUCUGGGAGAAGGGUAUGGAAUCUCGGAGAAGGGGAUGGAAUCUGGGAGAAGGGGAUGGAAUCUGGGAGAAGGGGAUGGAAUCUGGGAGAAGGGGAUGGAAUAUGGGAGAAGGGGAUGGAAUCUGGGAGAAGGGGAUGGAAUCUGGGAGAAGGGGAUGGAAUCUGGGAGAAGGGGAUAGAAUCUGGGAGAAGGGGAUGGAAUCUGGGAGAAGGGGAUGGAAUCUGGGAGAAGGGGAAUCUGGGAGAAGGGGAUGGAAUCUGGGAGAAGGGGAUGGAAUCUGGGAGAAGGGGGUGGAAUCUGGGAGAAGGGGAUGGAAUCUGGGAGAAGGGGAUGGAAUCUGGGAGAAGGGGAUGGAAUCUGGGAAAAGGGGAUGGAAUUUGGGAGAAGGGGAUGGAAUCUGGGAGAAGGGGAUGGAAUCUGGGAGAAGGGGAUGGAGUCUGGGAGAAGGGAUGGAAUCUGGGAGAAGGGUAUGGAAUCUGGGAGAAGGGGAUGGAAUCUGGGAGAAGGGGAUGGAAUCUGCGAGAAGGGGAUGGAAUAUGGGAGAAGGGGAUGGGAUCCGGGAGAAGAGGAUGGAAUCAGGGAGAAGGGUAUGGAAUCUGGGAGAAGGGGAUGGAAUAUGGGAGAAGGGGAUGGAAUCAGGGAGAAGGGGAUGGAAUCUGGGAGAAGGGGAUGGAAUUUGGGAGAAGGGGAUGGAAUAUGGGAGAAGGGGAUGGAAUCUGGGAGAAGGGGAUGGAAUCUGGGAGAAGGGGAUGGAAUCUGGGAGAAGGGGAUGGGAUCUGGGAGAAGGGGAUGGAAUCUGGGAGAAGGGGAUGGAAUCUGGGAGAAGGGGAUAGAAUCUGGGAGAAGGGGAUGGAAUCUGGGAGAAGGGGAUGGAAUCUGGGAGAAGGGGAUGGAAUCUGGGAGAAGGGGGUGGAAUCUGGGAGAAGGGGAUGGAAUCUGGGAGAAGGGGAUGGAAUCUGGGAGAAGGGGAUGGAAUCUGGGAAAAGGGGAUGGAAUCUGGGAGAAGGGGAUGGAAUCGGGGAGAAGGGGAUGGAAUCUGGGAGAAGGGGAUA